UUCCGCCAUUGGUCGCGUGAUCGAGGCCCGUCUGCCAGCCAGUCUGCCCGCCACAAAACGAACGAUGCCGUGGCGAGCCUUCGAUGGAAACCUCACCGUGAACGAGGACGCGGAAAGCAUGACGACCUCGCUGAAGCGGACACUGUACAAGGGGUUCGACGCAGCGCUCGGCGAGGAACUCACCGCCGGAAGGCACGAGUGGGUGGUCAAGGCUCCAAACUGGAGCCCGAACAAUUACGUCGGCGUCGCUGCGGAUGCGUGCGACAAGCGAACUUAUCCUAGCGACACCUCUGCCUGGGCCUUGCACCUCUGCGACGGCACCCUGUGCUCGGGCGUCGCGCACAACGUCACCCGCGGGAUGGGCUACACGCGGAUGGACGGCUCUCGGGGGUUCCUGAGCACCGGCUCGGCUGCGAUGGCGGCUGCGCGCAGCAACGGGGCCAAAAACCCGCUGUGGGACGGCGACCGCGUCAAGAGAGGCACGCCAGUGCGUGUCAUUCUCGACAUGGAGGCACGCACGCUGUCCUUUGCGAUUGGCGAUGCCGAGCCACAGCUCGCCUACACCGACCUGCCGGCGAGCGUGUGCCCGUACGUGGCAUCCGGCGACAUCGGUGAGAGAUCUCUUAUGGAGACAUGGGCACCGCAGUAGAGAGAGCGCGCGCCUCGUACAGAGUAAAAGGCGGUGGCGCAUCUGUGGCUGUGUCAGCCCAAGCCCCUCAACACUCUCAGGUUCAUGAUAGUCAGCACGCGGCGGGCGCUGCGCAGGGUCACGCACUGCGGUACGUUGAGCGUUGAGACUAACUCUAUACUGUCU